AUGGCCUCGAAAAUGAAGGACAGGAAGAGAACCCCAAUCUCACACAAAGUCAUCGAGAAAAGAAGACGGGAUCGCAUCAAUCGCUGCCUAAACGAACUCGGAAAAACUGUACCAAUGGCACUGGCCAAACAGAACUCUGGAAAACUGGAGAAGGCUGAAAUCUUGGAGAUGACGGUUCAGUAUUUGCGAGCUCUCCACUCAGCAGAUUUCCCUCGUGGAAGAGAAAAAGGUGAGCUACUGGCUGAAUUUGCCAAUUACUUCCACUACGGAUACCACGAGUGCAUGAAGAACUUGGUGCACUACCUGACCACGGAGGACAGAGCGGAAACCAAAGACAUCAAGUACGCACGGAUUCUCGCCUUCCUACAGUCCAAGUCCCGUGUGGUCACUGAGCCCGUGUUCGGCUCCGUGGGCUCGAUGCCAGAGCCCUCUGACUACCUGAACCAGCUGCACUCCUCUCCGGAGCACCAAAGCCACAGCCCAUCGGACUCCAUGUACCAACAGAGUCCACCGGGACACUUCUCCUGGCACAGCUCCGCGCGCAGCCCGACCAUCUCAUACCCGGCUGUGCCUCUCUCUGCGCACACACAGCAGCAUGGCGGAUACUUGUCGCCGGUGCAGGGGCUCGAUCACCAUUAUUUCAACUUCAUAGGCCACACACACGCCAACGCGUUCAGUUUGCACAGCGCGCAACACGCCAUGUAA